AUGUCGGCGCGCGCCCCGGUGCCCGCCGCUCUCCCUCGGGAGGAGCCGCCCGCUCGGGUUGCCGGCGAGAGGGAGUCUCCUCCGGACGCGGAGCAGCAGGCGGCCCGGGAGGAGCGGGCCGUGGCCGCCGGCAGCGCCGGGGCGCGGGGAGAGCCUUCGCCUGCGCUCGUGCCGGGACGCAGCGUGCCCCGAGCGGCCGUGCCGGUGAGGCCCCUGGCACUGCAGCUGGCGCACGAGGCGCGUGGGCCCGGGGGUCCCUUUGGCGGGGAGCCGCCACCGCCGCCGGGGGAGCCGCCGGCCCGGGACGCCCAGGACGAGCGCGCAGCAGCCUGCGCCGAGGAGAAGGUGCAGCCGCCACCGCCGCCCAGAAAAAACCCCUGGACCAAGAAGCCUCUGCAGCGCCUGUCCCCUGUGGGGACCGGGCCGCCGUCGCCGGAGACCCUGGACGCAGAGUUCAGUUCUCCCAAAAUUAUAAAAGUGGGAAAACUCAAGACAAAGAAAUCCAGCAAGGCUAGUGAUUUCGUUGAUACUGCAAAUUGGCCAACACCAAGUGAAUUAGUGAACACUGGAUCUCAGAGUGUCAUCAUCCAAGGAAAUAAAAAGCCACAAAUUAGAAAAGAAAAAGAAGAGAAAAUUGAAAAGAGAAGCAACAGCGAGAGCAAAGAAAACCGAGAAGCAAAAUUAGAUGAUCUUGCUGAAAAUGUCAGUGAAGAUGAGGCUCAGUCAAGUAACCAGCGAAGAAGGGCUAAUAAGCACAAGUGGGUACCACUGCAUUUAGAUGAUGUGAGACCAGAUAUUCAGGAAAGACCUGGAUCCAGGAAUAGUUGUAGAUAUCUACCUGAAGCAAAUAAAGCAGCACAAAAUAAUAGAAAAAAUGACACAAGAGGUUGGAGACGAGAUAGAGAAAAGAAAGAUGAUCAAGAUGAAGUGUCCAGUGUGAGGAGUGAGGGUGGCAAUACCCGAGGUUCCACCAGAGGCCGAGGAAGAGGACGUGGACGGGGAAGAGGACGAGGCAGAGGAAAUCCUCGAUUGAACUUUGAUUAUUCAUAUGGCUAUCGAGAACAUGGUGAAAGUAAUGAUCAGCCAUUUCCAACAGAACUCAAUACCAGCAUGAUGUAUUACUAUGAUGAUGGCACAAGCGUACAGGUGUAUCCUGUAGAAGAAGCUUUGCUGAAAGAGUACAUAAAGCGUCAAAUAGAGUAUUAUUUCAGUAUAGAAAAUUUGGAACGGGACUUCUUUCUUCGGAGAAAGAUGGAUAUACAAGGUUUCUUGCCUAUUUCCCUGAUUGCUGGUUUUCACCGUGUUCAGGCCCUUACCACAAACCUUAAUCUAAUCGUAGAAGCACUGAAGGAUAGCACAGAAGUGGAAAUUGUGGAUGAGAAAAUGAGAAAAAAGAUAGACCCAGAAAAAUGGCCAAUACCUACCCCUCCACCACGGAAUGUGUCACAAACAGACUUCUCUCAACUGAUUGAUUGUCCAGAGUUCAUACCAGGCCAAGCCUUUGGCUCACAUGCAGAGUCUGCACCAAAUUCUCCAAGAAUUGGAAGCACAUUGAGUCCAAAGAAGAAUACAGAAACAAAAAAUCUCCAAGCAAUGUUUAGAGGGUUGUCAACCAGUUUACCUGAAUUGGACUCAGAACCAUGGAUAGAAGUUAAAAAGAGGCACCGUCCAUCCCCAAUGAAACUAAGGGCUGUUCGCUCACAUGGGGCCAAAGCUGAAGUGCACCAGGCUGAGCAGAUGUCUUGGGAGCAAAGUGACUUCAGUCCAGUGACCUCAGUGAUCAAUGCUAAGAGCAUCCUCUCAGGUGACCAGAAUGAAUCAGUUCCUGUCCCUGAAGAGGCAUCAAACCAACUAAAUCUUCAAAAAGAACCAGAAAUUUAUUUUUUAUUUGAUGAAGAGAUGGAGCUGAUAGAAAAGGAGAGAAACACAUUUAGUGAUUGGUCUGAUAAUGAUUCAGAUUAUGAAAUUGAUGACCAAGAUUUAAACAAGAUUUUGAUUGUAACUCAGAUACCACCUUAUAUGAGAAUACAUUCAGGAGGAGAUCAAACAGGCACCCUUACAUCUCAGUCAACAAUUACCUCAGAACUUGCUAAGGUUAUCAAUGAUGGCUUAUAUUAUUAUGAACAAGAUCUUUGGAUGGAAGAUGAAAACAUACAAACAGCUGUAAAGCAAGAAGUUGAGAACCUUAAGAAGCUAAAUCUCAUUAGUAAACAGCAGUUUGAAAACCUAACACCUGAACUUCCUUUUGAGUCAAACCAAGACGUCCCUGUAGCACCUUCAAAGUCCAGGCAAGAAAUAACUUCAGCUGUAAUGGCUCAUACAUUGCCCACCGCAGUUCCAGAAUCUCCGAGGAUUCAUCCUGCAAGGACACUCAAAACACCCCGAACACCAUGGUUACAAGAUCCUAACAAAGCACCAAGGUUUUAUCCUGUUGUUAAAGAACCAAAAGCCAUUGAUCUAAAGAGUCCAAGAAAGAGGAAAACAAGGCAUAGUACAAACCCCCCUCUAGAGUGUCAUGUUGGUUGGGUGAUGGAUUCCAGAGAUCAUGGGCCAAGGGCGCCCUCUGUCAGCAGUUCAAAUGCUUCACCUUCGGAAGGUCCUCCACCAGUGGGAAGCUAUGGAUGCACUCCUCAUUCAUUCCCAAAGUUCCAGCACCCAUCUCAUGAAUUGCUGAAGGAAAAUGGCUUUACUCAACAAGUAUAUCACAAGUAUCGUCGAAGAUGUCUAAGUGAGAGAAAACGCUUGGGAAUUGGACAGUCCCAAGAAAUGAAUACCCUCUUUCGUUUCUGGUCCUUUUUUCUUAGAGAUCAUUUCAAUAGAAAAAUGUAUGAGGAAUUUAAACAGCUUGCUUGGGAAGAUGCGAAAGGAAAUUACAGGUAUGGGUUAGAAUGUCUGUUCAGGUUUUAUAGUUAUGGACUGGAAAAAAAGUUUAGACAAGAAAUUUUUAAGGAUUUUCAAGAAGAAACCAAAAAAGACUACGAAUCUGGUCAGCUGUAUGGACUAGAAAAGUUUUGGGCCUAUCUGAAAUAUUCUCAAUCUAAGACACAGUCCGUUGACCCAAAGCUUCGGGAAUAUCUCUGCAGUUUUAAGAAGUUAGAAGACUUCCGUGUUGAUCCCCCUAUCAGUGAGGAAUUUGGAAGAAAAAGACAUUCAUCUACAUCAACUGAGGAGAGCAACCAUCAUAGACUUCCAUCCAGUUCAUCUACUAAAGCAAGUGCUGCUAAGCCUGCCUCUGCCAAUGAGCUGCAGGUCCUAACAAACUCACCCAGGAGGAUUUUUCCCUGGGAGCCCAGUGACAGCUCACACCACGACAGUGCUGCUCCCACCAAGGGUGAAAUGCCUGAAAAAUAGAUGCUAAUGAAAGUUUUGUGCCCUUGAAAUCAACAUUUACAUCAGUAUAUAUGUGGGAAAGAUCUUGUGAUGUUUACCUGAUGUUUAUGAUAAUUAUAAAAAGGAAGAAAAGUGGUAUUUCUUUUUUCUUGCAAGACAAAUUCAGUUUUCCCUGUCUGUGAAAACAAAGGUAGUUGUGGUGACCUUACUGAAAUCCUGUAGCGAUGUAUUUUGGGCUUAGUAUUUCUCAAAUGCCAUUGUUCAUAAGAACAGAAUUCCCUAAGUACAUUUAAAGAAAAAAGGAAUGCCUAACAUUUCAGCUCAUACUGCAGAAGAUGGAGUAUGUUGGAUUCAUCUCUCCUAUAGAGCACUCUUAAAGAAUCCAUUUAUCCACUAUCAAUUCAUACUUGAACUUACCAAAAACAAAGAAAGAUUACAUUUAUAUUUUGUAAAUUAAGAAAAUGGGUAUGAGAGAUACAUUUUUUAUAGAUAUAUAGUUUGAAGAAAAGUUUCUUUUUCUUUUCUUUUUUUAAACAACAGUAGAAAUAUAUAGCAAGAUUUGUAGUUAAAUUGAAGCCUGUGUACUUCUGAUUUUGCUUCCCUCUAACCCCAUGUCAUACCUCAUGACUUAUAGCUGCUGUAUUGUUCUGGAGCUUUCUGAAUUGGUAUAAGUUGGUUAUAUAUUCACAGAGAGUUACUUUU